AUGUCGACCGAGAUGGAAGUCGACCCUAUCCCGCCGGCCGCUGCCCCUUCUACAGGAGAGGAUGGGGACGCAAAGAAUGGCGCAGGUACAGGUACAUCCUCACCGACCGAGACGAAGAAACAACAAGCCAGUGCGGGGACCGAAGCGCGCACAAUUCAGGGCGCCGUCGCGGUCCGCAGUAUCGAGGGCUGGAUUGUCGUCGCGACCAACAUCCACGAAGAGGCUACUGAGGAGGACAUUACAGACUUGUUCGGCGAGUAUGGCGACAUUAAGAAUCUGCAUCUCAACCUGGACCGGAGAACGGGUUAUGUAAAGGGCUAUGUCCUUAUCGAGUACCCGACCCAAGUCGAAGCCGCAGCGGCGAUCAAGGCUCUGAACGGCGCCAAACUUCUGGAACAGACAAUCUCUGUCGACUAUGCUUUCGUGCGGCCGCCGCCCAAAGAUAAAGGGCGUGGAGGCAAGCCAAGUGAACGCCGCGGCGGCCGAGGUGGUGGAGGCAGAAGUCGCAGCCGGAGUAAAUCCAAGAGCAGGAGCAAGAGCCGGAGCCGAAGCCGCAGCCAAGACAGGGAGAGACGUCGUGCAGCGGAUGAGGAUAAGAUGGAACGGGAUUGA